AUGGUCAACCACAGCUCCCCAGUGGGCUUCACCCUGCUGGGCUUCUCUGAACACCCACGCCUCGAAAAGAUUCUCUUUGUGGUGGUCUUGUGUUCCUACCUCCUCACACUCCUAGGAAACACAUUUGACCGCUAUGUGGCUGUCUGCCAGCCCCUGCACUAUGCCACCAUCAUCCACCCCCGCCUGUGCUGGCAGCUGGCAGCUGUGGCCUGGACAAUGGGGCUGCUUCAAUCCAUAGUCCAGACACCCCCCACCCUCCGUCUGCCCUUCUGUCCCCAUAGGCAGAUAGAUGACUUUUUAUGUGAAGUCCCAUCUCUAAUUCGACUCUCCUGUGGGGACACUACUUUUAAUGAGAUUCAGUUAGCUGUGUCCAGUGUCAUCCUUGUGGUUGUGCCUCUGAGCCUCAUCCUCAUCUCUUAUGGCGCCAUCGCCAGGGCAGUGCUGAGGAUAAACUCUGCUGACGCAUGGAAAAAGGCUCUGGGGACCUGUUCCUCCCACCUCCUUGUGGUCGCCCUCUUCUACAGCUCAGUCAUUGCUGUCUACCUGCAGCCCAAAAAUCCCUAUGCUCAAGAGAGGGGCAAGUUCUUUGGUCUCUUCUAUGCCGUGGGAACGCCUACGCUCAACCCUCUCAUUUACACCCUGAGGAACAAGGAGGUAAAGAGGGCAUUCUGGAGGCUUUUGGGGAAAAAUGGGGACUCCAAAAAUACCUAA